AUGGAACAAGCUUAUGGAGAAGUGAAUCAGCUGGGCGGUGUGUUUGUUAAUGGAAGACCCCUGCCCAAUGCUAUCAGGUUGAGGAUAGUGGAGCUGGCACAGCUGGGGAUCAGGCCUUGUGAUAUCAGCAGACAGCUACGAGUUUCUCAUGGAUGUGUGAGUAAAAUCCUGGCCAGAUACAACGAAACAGGAUCCAUCCUACCAGGGGCUAUUGGAGGGAGCAAGCCCAGAGUCACCACUCCUAACGUGGUCAAGCACAUCAGGGAGUACAAGCAAGGAGACCCCGGCAUCUUUGCUUGGGAGAUCAGGGACCGACUUCUGGCUGACAACGUCUGCGACAAGUACAACGUGCCUUCUGUCAGUUCCAUUAGUAGGAUUUUAAGGAAUAAAAUUGGAAACUUGUCUCAACCUAGUCAAUAUGAGAGCACAAAGCAGACGACUUCACAACCGACAUUACAGUACAAUCAUAUCUACCAAUAUCCUUACCCAAACCCAAUAUCUCCCGGCUCUGGUAAGGUCGGCAGCCAUCACCAUGGAGUGCAUAUGCCACCCGGCCAUGUCAGCAUUGCCAGGACCUGGCCUUCAGCUCAUUCUGUCAACAACAUCUUAGGCAUCCGCACCUUCAUGGAACAAACAGGAGCCAUUGCUGGUGCAGAUGGUGCUGUUUAUUCCCCUAAAAUGGAAGAAUGGACAAGUGUUAACAGGACAGGGUUUCCUGCUACUCAGAACAUCAACGGAAUAGAGAAAUCUGCUGUAGACCCUGACAUCAAAUACCAACAGGCUGCCUCCAGUCUCUCCUCUGUGGGUGGCUUCGUUCAAGCCUGCGCCUAUCCUUCUACCAACCAGUAUGGAGUAUAUGGGGGCCCAGGAGCCGGAUAUGUCACCCAGGGGCAUCACUGGCAAACACAGGGAAGCCCCCUUACCCACCAUGGCCCAGGUGUGACUGUACAUGGUGGAGACAUGGCAGCCCCUAUGACCUUCAAGCACCAAGUCAGGGAAGAUCUUGCCCUCGACGUCCCUGUGCCGGACUCUGAACCACCCCUUCCCCAAGCUGAGUGGGACAAAGAGCAUCAGAAGUGCCUAGAGGACGCCCAAAAAAUUGUGGACUCCAAAAUAGAGAAGGCCCAGCAAAAACAAAAACAGGACUUUGAUACGCAUGCACAUGCUGAGCCCUUACAGCCUGGAGACCAGGAACCUGUUCAAGAGCAGCCAAGAGCAGAGCUGCCAUUGUCUUCAGAAAGUAAGACUCCAACAGAGUUUCCUUCCAUGCUUGACCCCCUUCAGUGGUUAUUCCAGCCUCAAAUUCGAGUCCUGAUGCCAGUUGCUGAGAUUACUCCAAGUCAGACAGCUGAUCCUCCUGCACAAGUCCAGGACUCUACUUCUACCCCUGGAGACUCGGAACUGCCCUUGUGGAGAUCCCAACAGACCAAUAAAGUAAACCAACUGCCCGUUAUCAGGAAUUCUUUGAAACCAGUGUUUAGCUACAGAGACAAUGGAAGCCAAGUGUGA